AUAUAUAUGUAAUAUAAUGUAAAUCUAGUUCUAUUUUUCUACAGAUUUACUAUUUAAUUUAAAUAUGUAGCAUAGGCCUGAUUGGAACAAUUUUCCGUUAAAGGGUGCAACCAAAUAAAUCUAAGCCACAAGGAAUUAUUAUAAUAAAAAAAUUAUUAGCCUACUUUGAAAUCUUAAAUAAGAUUAAUCAAAAUAUUAUACUAAAUAAUUUAUUAUUUAAAAAUCUCAAACAAAGUGAGACCCAAAUAGGACGAAUAAACAUUAAAAGAAGUGUGCGCUCGCAGGCGUCAUAUUUUGUUUCUUCAGCUGUUUUUUUAACGUUGCUAAACCGAAAACUGAAUUUCAUAAAACUGAUUUCUAAUUUUUUUGUUCGUAAAAUGAUUACAUAUCUGUAAAAAAAACCUUUGUUGACCUUAAUAUACCUUCAAAAAUUAAAUAGGUACGAAGCUUCAUAAUUCAAUGCUGGUGGAAAAUACACAGAACCUAUAGGUAUACUAUAUAUAUAUUUUUUAUUCCGAUGUUUACGCAGACAAUAUUUAAUUACUUGAAUGAAACUUGUCCUGUAUUGAGUAAGUUUCUAUUUAAUAUUCCCUAAUACUUCAUUAAAUCUUAAAAUAAUUAAGUAUAUGUUAUCAAAUAAGAAACUAACGAUCACUUGUCUGAAGGAUAAAUAACUAGCUAUUUAUGACAGUUCUUUAAUACACGAUAAUUUUUUAUGGUAUUUCUAAUCGACAUGUUUUACUUUCAACAUUACUCAGGGCGACAUUCCUUCAUUUUGCUUUUAUAAAUGUCUAGUUUGCUUUAUAGUUUUUUCAGUUCAUUUAAAAAAAAAGCAAGGAAAGUAGGUAUUUUAGUUAUAUCAAACAAUUUUAUAUUGGAUAUAAAAAAAUUAGAUUUUUUUUUGUAACUAUACCUCUCAAUGUAGAAGAUAAAAAUAUAGGACUUUAAUUUUCAUACAUGUACUUGUAUCAUUGUUUGCAAUUAUUGAUAUAAAAGAUCUGUCGUUUGUUGGGCCUUAUCUUAUCAUGGAAUCAUUUAUGACGCCACUCCAAGUACACCAAAGAGUCAUCAGAGCCUUGUCGAAUACCACCGUUUGUUCCGGUCAGGGUUUUAAUCCUACUCUAAUUAGGUACCGUUGGUCAUUCAGAAUCCACUUUCUCUAAAAAAACUAAUUGUAUUCGGUUUUACUUCAUAAAUGUGAUAUUUAGGUGAUGGUUGAAGUAGGUAUUAAUUGUUUAUUGCUGUUUGACGCAAUUCAUAGGAUAUACUUUUUCUAAUAUUUUACUUUUCCAAUUUUCUUCAAAGCGCUUUCAAACUCCAAUUCUUCAUUUUAAUUAAGAUAUUCUUUGGUUGUGCGGGGUAUUUUUAGAGGUCAAAUGCUUUGAACGAAAACACAUAGUGAUUUCUUUCACAGUAUUUUAGCUAGGUAAGUGGAUAAGUUUUUUAAUCCAUUGAUCCUACGGUUUACAAAUUCAUACUUAUAAAUAUUGAAAUAAUUCAAAAUUCCUAUUUUGUUAACAAAAGCAUGUCAGAAAAAAAAUAAAUGGUCUAAAAAAAGGAAGCAAACUUGACUUUUGAAAUCCUAAUCUCUGCGACAAAACAUUUAGUAUGUAAGAACUUAAUAUUAAAUGCGAGCCAAUAUGAUAUACCUAGUUCUGUUAACGGUUUAGAAGAAUAAAGUCCGUUUAGUUGUCAAAGGAAGAGAAUUUCUGUAAUAUCUCUUAAGAUUCGUUUUAUUGAACGUGUAGCGGAAGCGCCAGGCAGCAGUAUGAUUUCACUUUCAUUUAUCUGUGGGAAAAUCCAAGAAUUAUAUUUUGAAACAUUGACUACCGUAGAUACUUUACUUUUAUUGAAAAUAUUAAAGCAAAAUUGUAAAUUAAUAAACUCGAUUUAAAAUAAGUUAAGUAUAAUUUUUUCAUAAAAAGUCCCUUUGGUUAUUGGCAAAAAUUUAAAAUAAACCAAAAAUAAUUGCUUAAAGUGUUCGCUUUUAACAUUAUUACUUCAUGCUAUUAAGGAGAAAAUCCUUUUGGGGCUUACUUAAAAUAUGCAAAACAGUUACGUAUCAUCUCACUUAUCGCACAAACAGCUGUGCGAGUGGUGGUAAGCGGUGGGGUUCAAGUUUUUGGCCUGAGGAGAAAGUACGCGAAGUGGCGAAGACCUCGAUCAGAGGAACCGCGCGGCUCCGGCCAGCGCCAGUCGGCCAGUGAUUUAUUUGCAAAAUACAAAUAAUGCCAAUGAAUUGUCGACGCCGAACUGAACAGUGAACGCGUGAUAUGCCGCGUCAAUAAAAAAGCCCGAAAUUUGACGCGACAUCUGAUCAACAACAAUGUGCCUAUGGAGAACAGUGGCUAUAUUUUGUGUGCUUCUUACAUUAAAUAUUUCAGAGCCCAAGCAAAUUAGCCUACAGGACGCCGUAAAAGAUAACCAUGUAUCCACGGGCAACAGGACACAAAGAUUUUUGUUCGACGCCAUCUUCGGUCUUGAAGUGCCGAUUUUGGAUGAUCCAAGCGUGGAGGAAGAUGAAGAAGAGGAACCCCAAGUCAGGAAUUGUUCCUGUGCAUGUGGCCGAGCAAAUCUACUUCCUAGAAAGAUAGAGUGUGGUGGGCCGAACCAAGAGAACCGCAUAGUUGGUGGUAUGCCAGCCGGCGUGAACCGGUAUCCCUGGAUGGCAAGGCUUGUUUAUGAUGGUCAGUUCCACUGUGGAGCAUCUUUGCUAACCAAGGAGUAUGUAUUGACAGCCGCUCAUUGUGUGCGUAAACUAAAACGCUCCAAAAUCCGUGUCAUUCUUGGCGACCAUGAUCAAACUAUAACGUCUGAAAGUCCGGCCAUAAUGCGUGCUGUCACCGCCAUAGUAAGACAUCGAAGUUUCGACUCCGACUCAUACAACAACGACAUUGCAUUGUUGAAACUACGGAAACCAGUGACCUUCUCAAAGAUCAUCAAACCAGUUUGCCUACCACCAGCAAGUAUUGAACCAUCUGGAAAAGAGGGAAUCGUGGUAGGCUGGGGCCGGACUUCGGAGGGGGGUCAGCUACCUGCUGUGGUUCAGGAAGUCAGGGUGCCAAUUCUAUCACUGUCGCAGUGCCGCGGAAUGAAGUAUAGGGCUACAAGAAUCACUAAUAACAUGCUUUGCGCUGGGCGAUCGUCAACUGACUCCUGUCAAGGUGACAGCGGAGGCCCCUUGCUCAUACAACAGGGUGACAGAUUCCAAAUAGUCGGUAUAGUGUCAUGGGGCGUAGGUUGUGGAAGGCCGGGCUACCCCGGCGUGUACACUCGCAUCACACGCUACUUACCGUGGUUGCGGGCUAAUUUGAAAGACACGUGCCUGUGUGCUAAUUAAAAUUUUACUUUUCAAAAUAACAAAGAGGUUUUCUGUCAUUGCUCACGAUUAUACAUAUUUUGAGAGCACCCUGCGAGAAAAAAAAAAACAGUUUAAUUUCUUCGGUUUUAUUUGAUUUUGUUUUUGUAUUUUAAUGUUGAUUAAUUAACAAGCAAUUUUUUUUGGAAUUAUUUGUAUAUUUUUAAUCAUAUUUUUUUGUCUAGAAUUUGUGUGUAUGUCCGAAUAUAUUGCGAAAUCAGUUUUAGAUCGCAAAAAAAAUAAUAUCCUCUAAUUUAGAAAAUAUUCUAUAUGAUGAAGUUAAAGGAGUUCUUUUUUAAUAAAUUAAAAUAUUUAUAUUAAUUAUUAUAUUUUUUCAGUUAAUUUUCAAAUCAUAUUUUAAUCUAUACUAUUUAACUUCUUAAUCUUGUAGCUUGUAUGGUUUUUGUAAUUUAUUUUAAAAUGUACUAACAUAAUCUCAGGGCUAGUGUACUUUUUGAUAUCGUCUUUUUUAUUUUUUGCUUAUAAUUUUUUUUUAAAUAUAUUUUAUAUAUUAAAUUAUUUAUAAGUAAUAAACUUAUAAAUAUAUUAUAAGAUUGAUAUAAUUAAUGUAAAUAAACAUUUCAGGCCGGUGGUGCAGAUUACCAAUAGAUGUUAAGCGAAUAUAGAACUACCUACGUGUUCAAUUAUUUGUAAAUAAGAAUUAAUUUAAUAAGUUUCUCAAUAUUUUCGUUUCAUAAUAACAAUAUAUUUUCUUAGUUGUAAAAUAUAAUGAAAAUGUAUUUCAAAUACUGUUUUGACAAUAAGAAAUAUUAUGUUAUUGAUUAUUAAAUUAUUUAGUUUUUUUUUUAUAUUUAAGUAUACAAUUUACUAAAUAGGUGUUAUAUUUUUAUUUCUAAGUGUAAAAUAGAUCGCUCUUUACGCUGUCACUGUGAUCUUUGUCACGAUAAUAUGUCUUAAAUUUUAUUAUAAUUUAUUUAAUAAAAAUAUAUUUUGUUAGUUCUUAAAACUUUGACGUUGGCAAAAUAUUCCACGAUUCUAGUGCGAAUGAAGCCAUAGCAUAAAUUAUAUAUAUGUAUAUUGAAGGUUUUUAAUAACUUAAUUGUAUGAAGAUAUUGUUUUGAAUGUAUUGUUGAAUAAAAAUGUAUUUACUGA